CAGAUGAGCACUAUGCAGCACGUGAAUCCCAGGGUGCGUGGGAUCCGAGCCCCAGUGAACCUGCAGGAUCUGGCUGCACACAUCUCAGAGCAGAUUGCACAGGGUGUAAAAAAGCCCUUCAAGAGGGUGAUUGAUGUCAGCUCAGGUGAUCCACAUAAGGCAGGAAUGCCCCCUAUCUCAUUUAUUCGCCAGGUCCUGGCAGUGUGUGUGUACCCUGAGCUCCUCAAAGAAAAAAGCCUUCCUCUAGAUGUCAGGCAGAGGGCGCAGCAGCUUCUGGACAUCUGUGGUGGAGGGAGUGUGGGUUCAUACUCUACAUCCUUCUGUGGUAUACCAGAAAUCCAGAAAAGCAUUUCUGAAUUUAUCACAAGGCGAGAUGGUGGCGUGCCUUCUCACCCAGAAGACAUCAUCUUCAGUUGUGGCUCACAGAUGAGUUUAUCGCUGGUUUUGCGCCUGUUUGCCAGCGUGGAGGGCAAAACUCAGACAGGUGUGUUGACCCCCAUGCCUUGCCCACAUACACUGCCCAUGCUGCUGGACAUGACUGGGCUCACACUGGUUCCAUACCGGCUUUUAGAGGAACAAGGCUGGGCUGUAGACCUGGGUGAGCUGCACAGAGCUUUAGAGGCGGCAAGAGUCCACUGUGAGCCCAAAGCCAUUUAUAUCAGCAACCCAGGAAAUCCUACAGGUCAUGUACAAGACAGAAAAACUAUAGAGAAGGUGAUUCAGUUUGCUGCUACCAACUGCCUCAUUUUGCUGGCUGAAGAGGUGUACCAAGACAGCGUGUAUGGCCAGGACAAAGAGUUUAUUUCCUACAAGAAAGUGCUCUCUGAGAUGGGUAAAACGUAUGCUGACACAGUGGAGCUGGUGUCUUUCCAUUCCUUAUCCACAGCCUACAUAGGAGAAUGUGGUCUGAGAGGAGGGUAUAUGGAGGUGAUUAACAUGGACCCAGCAGUGAAAAGGAUUUUGACCAUCCUUCCCAGCCUUUCGAGCCCAGUUUUACCGCAGCUGGCAAUGGAGAUUAUGAUCAAUCCACCCACACCUGAAGAUUCUUCCUAUAAUACAUACACACAGGAGAUCCAUCAUAUUGAGGAUACACUUUCCCAGAAUGCUAAGCGGGCGUGUGAGUUUCUGAAUAGAGUAGAAGGGAUAAGCUGCCAACCACCAAUGGCAGGAGUCUUCCUUUAUCCACGAGUGCACUUGCCACCUCACAUGCUAGCGGAGGCCAAGAGGUUGGGAGUGAAGGCAGAUGUGCUUUACUGUCAGAGAUUGCUGGAAGAAGAGGGUGUUUGUUUGGGGGCUGGUUAUGAGAAUGGGCAGGAAGAUAAAAACUAUCACAUCAGGCUGUGUAUUUUGGCUCCGCCUUCCACUCUGGAGGAGGUCCUGACACGUCUUUGUUCUUUCCACCUGCAGCUGCUGGACAAAUUUUUCUGACGGAAAUGUCAAGGACAAGAUGUGGGAAGCAUGUUCCCUUUAAUAAUGAUGCCAUUCUCUCUUCACACUCUUAUCUUUGGGAACAUAAAGUAACCAACAAUAAUCAUGUAGAAUCAA